AACGUGUCAUUAUCGGUGUGUUAAUUAAUAGUUGUCAAUGAAUUAACAUAUGUGCGGGUAUGAUUCGAAUAAUUGACAGAAGAUUAUUCAAGAAAUAUAUGUAUUCAGUUGGAGAUCAAGAAAUUACUGAAAAGCAAAACAGACAUAACAAAUUAUUCGUCUUGGAUGUAUCCUAAAUAAUUCAUUAAAGUCACUGGUUUUAAAUUUUGACCUUGACCUCUGCGUUUAAUAUAUUAAGAAAGUAUAUAAAUAUUUCAAAUUAUUAUUUAGUAUGAAAGUUUUUGUAAACGUCAAUUAAAAAAAAUAAACAUAAAAAGUUAAGGAUUUCUUAACGUUCUACAUUAUAUUGAAGAAGCAUGACUGAGGAAGUAGUGAUGAGCUUCAAAAGUAUUGUAAAUCAAAUUAAGAUUUAAAUAUCAUAAUAAUUAUUAUACAACAAAGUUUUAAUCUAAUUUUAUAUUUACAAUAUAAAUUGUAAAUAUACAAACAAGACUGGGCUUAAAGGCUUUUUAUUUAUUGUUUUAAAAAAUAAUAUAUAUAAAAAUAUCGUUAAAUCAAAUUGAUAAUCAAAUAAAAAUAAUGGCCAACACACAAGAAAAGUCAAAUUCUGGCAAAGGAUUAUUACGUAAUAAUGAAAGUACAUCUGAUAUAGAGCAACCGGAUUUUUCAAAUGGAUUUGAAAAUCGAAUUGUAGAUUUCGAUUACCGUUCCCAAGAAAGAAAUAUAAAUGUCUGUUCACACUUUAUUCCAUCGCAGGAUAACAAAUAUGCAACGUUGACUGAUUCAUUGAAAAGUGUGAUUCAUAAAAAUAGUCCAAAACUGUCGGUAGUUAAUCAAACGGAAGAGGCACAUUCUUCUGUUGAAAAAUUAUCUAAACAAUUUGUUGAUCAUUUACAAUGUUCCCUACAAGAAAGUACUCAAAAUGUACCACUAUUGCAAACACAAUCACAACCACAGCAACUACAUUUCAUUCCCGAAAGUAAAGAAGAAUUUAGCAAUUUUUCAAAUAUUCGUAGUCAAUUUGAAAUUAGAUCACAAAUGUAUCCACCUCAGCAAAAACAAAAUUUCGAAAAGGCUUGUUACGUAACAGCUGAGAAGGUCAGUAUGAACAAUAUUUAUCGGAAUGAUAAUCCUGUUUCUACUGUUGCUGCAAGUCAUUAUGUGACAAAUCAGCCAUCAUCAAAAUUAUCCCCACAAUCAACAAGUCCAAAACCACGUUAUUAUUCUGGUGUAUUUGCUCCUCCGUUAGAUCAAAGAUUUGUGACCACUGGAAGGCAGCCACAAUAUCCAUAUAAUUCCUGUCCCGAUACUGUAGUCAGUGCUUAUAUUAAAGAACAGACAAUAAUUAGUCCUUACAACCCACAUGUAGAAAUUUACUCAACUCAAAACCCAGCAAAGCAUCAACGUUUCAUUCAAGAUUUAACUCAAUACCAAAUGCAACAUGCCGCUCAAUCAGGUUCUCAAAAUAUUCACCAGUCCGUAGCGGUCACGAAAACAACAGACAAAACUUCUCGUAGAGGACCAAAACCUUUGGUGCCGCCUAGAGGAAACUCGAAAAUAACUUACGAUGCUGGAACUAAAUCACAAAUUACUAAUAACACACCACAACAUACAGCUGUCCAAACAGCCUACCAAGGACCAAGCACUUUUCCAGAAAAGACUAAUGCAUUAACGUCUUCUGCAUCUCAAUCAACAAUCGAUGGGGACAAUAAAUUCGUCACGUCAUUAACACAAAAACCAAGAACGAGACAGGACGGAUUGCCAGAUGACAUAAGAAUUAAUCUUCCAAGAGAAAAUACAGAACCAAUUAUUUCAAAUCCAAUUUAUGUAUCUAAACUAGAAAAUCGAAAAUCUAUCGACGUUCCUACAAGUAUUCAAAAAAAUAACUUUACCACUGACACAAAUUCAGAACUAAUCAAAUUUGAUCGAAAGACAUCAUCCGUUAUUGACAUCAAAAAUGAUCUAAAUCCGAUAUUUUCAUCAGAAGUGAAAAACAAUGAAAAUAUAAAUUUUCCUCCUCUUGAUCGCAAGGAAAACAUAAGAAGUGACUAUUUGGAUGAAUAUAAAAUAUCAAUGACACUUGAUGGAAACAGAUUAGAAGACAUAAGAAAAUCGCCAAUGCUUUUUGUACCCAUUCGUGACACAUUAUUGGAACGAGGAAAUCAAAAAAGUCCCUCUUUUCAGGAUCAACAAUUUGAAAAAACAAGACAGGAGUUAAGCGCCUGGGCCGAGCAACGUCAACGUCAGGAAAUAGAGAGAGGAAUACAGCAGAAUCAAUUUUUUAUCACGAGUUCACGAUCGAGAAAUCAGGUGGAGGAAAGGAUUGAUGAAAAAUUAGCGAAUCAAUUUAAUAAUCGUAAAGAUAUGAGAAUAUUACCACCAAACAUACACCCAGUACCUGAUAUUAGUCAAAAUGUUCUACUCGAGCAACGUCGACAUUUACGACACGUCAGUGCCGAUCUCACCAAGCACAUUGAAUUUACUAAUAAGGAAUUUAACGAUCAUUCAAUAAGUGGAUCAGUUUCAAAUUUAGUGCCUACUACUAAUGUUGUUUGGGUUCAAAAAGUAAACCCUACAUUAUAUAAUCAAUAUCCUGCUCAUAGUGAGACAAAAAUCGAUACCAAGUCUGCAUUAACUGUUCUCACUGAUUUUGGUGAUGCGACAGAAAAACCUUUUCAUCAAGUAGAUCACAUUAUUCACAGUCAUCGAAAGAGUCACGUGCUUUCCUCAAAUUUAUCAGUAUAUGGCAAAAAUCAGACAGACAAACAAGGUUUAGAGACAGAGACGGAUUGUUUGCAUCAAACAGAACAGAAGCAAUUUCAAAAUCAACAUCAAAGUUUAGACUAUCUUUCUAAUAAAUUAAAACAAUGCGAAAUUCAGCAAAGCGAUCUUCACGCAAAACUUCAGUGUUUACAAAAUCAGAAUCAAUUUUUAGAUAAGGUUGCACAAUUUCAAAAUCGUCAAGGCGACGUACAAUUGCACAGUCAGUAUUAUUUGAUAAAGAACAAAAUUCCAGAGAAUUAUCCAACGCACUUGAUUGCUACGAAAAUUGAAGGAACAUCAAAUGAAAUGGAUGAAGAAUCGUCUACAUUUUUAUAUCAACAGCAAAAAAGUUUAAUGAAUCAAAAUCUUCUAACAUCAUCAUAUUCAUUGACAUCUUCUUCACAACCAUCAAAUCCUUACGAUAGAUUAUCGCCAAGAUUACAACAGAGGGAAACUGAUGACACCUUCGCAUCUGACAUUCCUAAUAUUCUUUAUCCAAGUCAAUCACAAAUUGAUGUCAAUUAUUCAUCACGCCGCUCGUUCAAUCAACUUAAUCGACUGCAGGAUCCUUCUAAUAAGCCUACAAAUUUUCAAUACUCGUCAGUGAUGAUGCCACCAAGCAAUAUUCAUAUUACUGGAACGUUAAAGAAAAUACCGCCUGAGAAACCACCCAGGACAUCUCUCAUUAUGCAGAGUUCAGAAAUAGAGUCGUCACAAAAUCCUACCGAAAAUACAGACGCGAAGGAGGCAACUGGUAAUGGAGCAGAAAUGUAUUUAAAUCCAAAUCCAGGAAUUAUCACUGGUGGUAAUUCUAAUCUCCAUGUUGUUCGAGAGACUGAUGACAUAGACAAGGAACAUGCGUUAGUGUACCGUGAUGGUAAUCUCGUAUCAGGAUCUUUGGAAGCCCUUAUACAACAUAUGGUACCAACAGCAGAAUAUUAUCCUGAUCAAGCAUAUCUGUUCUCUUUUCUGUUAAGUGCUAGACUCUUCAUUAAACCACAUGAAUUAUUAGGAGAAGUUUGUGCUCUCUGUGAGAGUCAACAAAAUUUAAGUGGAGAAAAUGGAAAGGAAAAAUUAUUACGUUUCGUACAUCAUAUGGUACAAUUACUUUCUGAGUGGACUGGAAUAUUUCCGUAUGAUUUUCGAGAUGAAAGAAUGAUGAGUCAUGUUAAAUCUAUUACACAAAAAAUAGCUGCUGUUGACGCUGGUGUUAGACAAGAGGUUUCAAAUUUUCUGCAAAAUUUACUAUUAAGACUCACAGCUCUUGAAAGAUAUGAAGAAGGGCUUGCGAGAUUAGCUAAGGAAACUAGUACCGAACAACUCACACAGAUUGAUUUACUUGAGUUGUGUCCAUCUGCUACAAUUUUGGCACAACAAUUGACUCAUGUAGAACUGGAAAGGCUUUCUUACAUUGGUCCUGAAGAAUUUGUUCAAGCCUUUGCCAAGGAAUUACCCCAUCUAGAAACAUCUUUUAAGGAAAUGAAAAAAACUCGAAACUUGGAAUCUUAUGCACAAUGGUUCAAUAGGUUGAGCUACUUUGUAGCCACAGAAGUAUCAAAGCACAUUAAAAAGAAACAACGUGUUCGCGUGGUUGAAUAUUGGAUUGAGACUGCUAGAGAGUGUUUUAACUUUGGUAACUUUAAUUCGUUGAUGGCGAUAAUAGCUGGGUUGAAUAUGUCACCAGUUACGCGACUUAAGAAAACGUGGGCGAAAGUGCAGACGUCUAAAUUUGCAAUCUUGGAACACCAAAUGGACCCUAGUAGCAAUUUUAGUAGUUAUCGCAGUACUCUAAAGGCAGCAAUGUGGCGUAGCGCAGGCGCUACAGAUGAACAACAAAGGAUAAUUAUACCAUUUUUCAGUCUAUUGGUUAAAGAUUUAUACUUUUUAAACGAAGGCUGCAGCAACAAACUUCCUAAUGGGCACAUCAAUUUUGAAAAAUUUUGGCAAUUAGCUAAACAAGUUACGGAAUUUUUAACAUGGAAACAGGUGGUGUGUCCUUUUGAAAAAGAUUCUCGUGUCAUAGCUUUUUUACAAGCCAGUCCCAUUUUGACCGAGAAUGCAUUGUCCUUAGCGUCGUUUGAAUGUGAACCACCUGAUACUAAUCAUGAAAAAGAACGUUACAAAACUUUAAAAGCUGAACAGAGUAUGUAGAGAACAUUAUUAAUAAUGUUAUUUACCAACCUAAAAAGUAUGAAGAGUUAUAUAUGGAAAUAGUUAUCCUUUUGAAGACAAUUAUUAUUAUUUGAAAUGACCAAAUAAAAACGGUCUUUAGAAAAAUGUGAAGCACAAUAGUGCUAAUGAUAACGCACCAAAGAAGACAUUAAUAUAAGUAUUAGUAAAUCCUAUUGUUUAAUUUAAAUAGAUUCAAUAAUCAUUGAAUAUGAACUAUAAAUUUUAAUGAUUUGACUUAUUUUUUAAUAAUUAGAAAAAAUGUGAAGUAAAGGAACCAGUUCCCGUAUACAGAUUAUUUAAAUAACAGACUUUUUCAUAUAUUUAUCUAUUAAAUUUUUAUAUUUCUUACAUAUUACAAAUAACAAAUUUAAAUUCUACUAAAUUACUAAAUAAAUAGGUAUUACCUACAUUACUCACUAAAAAAAAAACUGACACACGCUCAGUACCUGCUGGUUCUUUUACUUUAAAUACCAGUAAUCCGACUACAGAUAUUAAUAAAUAUUUAAUCAAUUUUUUUACUUGAGAUUGUAAAUUCCCGUUUAUUGAAGAUGAAUAAGUGCUUCAUAUUGUAAUGUUAAAUGGUAUUUAUAUUAUAUUUAAGUUUUCGACAUAUGUUUUAUGUACAAAACUGCCAACUAUGCCUAGCAAUAGAAGAGAUUAUUCCUCUAAUAAUAAUUUAAUCGACUAAUUUUACUGAUCUAGUCAUUUUCCAAAGUUUAUAAUUAUAAUAAUAGAUUAUUUAUAAUAAACCGAAAAUUGUUUUUCGAACGAUUUUUAAAUGUGAUUCUUUGUUUUGUAAAUGUUUAAUU